AUGCAUAUACACACAAGCGCACACACAUGUAAACACAUAUACAUGCACUCAUACAUGCACAUGCACACUUACACACACGCGCACUUACCCAGACACACAUGCAUGUGCACACACACGCACAUACAGAUGGAUGCACACAUGCACUCAUAUGCACAGGCACACAUGCCACAUAUGCAAAUGCAAGCACAUAUACACAACACACAUGCACACAUAUGCCCCCACACACAUAGGCACACAUACACACAUAUAUGCACACAUACACAUGUGCACAUGCAUUCACACACACAUACACACACACGCAGAUGCUCACAUAUGUACAUGCAUACACACACAUAUACCUAUACACACCAACAUAUGCACACACACACACACACACACACACACACACACACACACGAACACACACAUACAAAACACACUCAUAUGCACACGCAUACACACACACACACAUACACACACACACACACUAAAAUAUAUGAUACCUACAUUAUAAAAACAUAG